GGACGAUCGGUAUUUCAGAACAUGGGAUACGAAGUUCCCUACAGCAUGAUAUGUCUGUUCUAUAGUUUGUCUGUGGUAAAAGUUCGCGUUCUGUAGAAUGGAAAAACCGUUAUAUCUAGUUUUUGUGAAAUAUUCAAUUAUUGAAAUUCAAGAAUUUAGUAAUUAUAUAUUAUUCAAUCGAAAUGGAAGAGGCUCGAGAGCAUCCAAAUAACAUUUUUCUAUUUCAACUUGGAAUUUCAAAUAGUUUUAAAUGCAUUGCAGAAUCAGUGAGUGAAGAUGCUUUUAUCAAGAUUCUUACAAUUUUAAAAUCAAAGCGGAAUAUUGGUCAAAAAUUAUAUAAGGCAAUGUGCAAGGAGCUUUUCGAUAAUAUGAAUGACGAUUUGGAGGAUAUAUUGAAUGAAGGAAGUUUAAAAAAUGGAUUAGAAAGAAUUGCGAAAUUAUCGGACGAAGAUACUUCCAUGGUCGAAGAUGCUUGGAGACCACCUGGCAAUGUAUCUUCGCAUUUACGUUCAUUGGAUGCACAGAAGAUUAAAGAAGAAAGCGAGUUGUUGGAAAAGCGUGUAAAUGAGAUGGAAGAAGAAAAUAAAAUUUUAAUGGAAAAAAUUGCGGAAAAGAGAUCAAAUAUUGUGACUAUGAAUGAUACCAUAACAGAAUCUAUAAAUAAAACUCAAAUUGCUAUAAAUUCAUUAGAAGAAAGAAUGGAAGUAUUACAAAAAUGUCUAAUAUUAUUAGAUAAUGAAUAAAUGAUAGAAUUGAAAAUAUUAAAUAGAUAAAGAAUAUUAUAAAAAGUAGGUAAAUAUUGUUAAAACUGUAAAUAGAAGA